AUGGCCAAGAAGCCCAAAGUGACCUUGCCACCCAUCACAUGGGAUGCCAAUGACCACACACUUGUUUGGCAACUAAUAUUGGAGAUCACAAAGCCUCAAAAUCUAAAGGUUUUGUGUGGUAAGUCCAAGCACAAGAACACUUCAGGCAAGAUGAAAGCCAGCAUUUUUUGGCACAUUGGCUCUGUCCUGCUGCCUGAGCUGUACAGCAUGGAUGCUGCAGCCACCAGGGAUCAGAUUAAACACAAAUAUGAAGGGCUUGUGAAACUGUACAAGCAGCAUGCAAAGAGGCUUGCUAUCACUGGGGAGGGCAUUGGCACUGAUGCCAAGGAUGGUAUGGAUGCAGAGACCUAUGAUAUUAUCUCCCAGUUCCCUUUCUUCCCUGAUCUCCAUUGCAUCUGGGCUAUGAAACCUAACAAAAAUCCCAUUGCAGUCACUACAGGUGUUGGGCCCUCCAGAAAGAGGGCACUGAUCAUGCAACCCCUUGCAGCUAAUGAUGAGACAGCUGAGUGUGAUGAUGAUCUUGGCUUUACCCUUUGCUUUGGUUGUAUUUCUCAUGUACAUUCCAGGUCAAAUACUGAUGCUAUCAAUGCUCAUAUUCAAGAGGAGCUGAUCAUCAAAAAGUGCCAGCUGCUUUUGGAGGAGUUCAGAGCAGGUGUGUGGGAUUUGGAGGAGUAUCAAGAGGAGUUGAGGAAGUUGGAGAGUGGUGAACAUCCUGGAAAGUGA